AUGACCAAAUUACCUCGAAUAUGCUGGAGUCCAGGACUUGGACUCUGUGGCCGGAAUUUGCACUUGUUUCACGGUCUCAUAACCGGUGAACAAGCCGAGGAGCUCCCCACUGGACCUCCUCGUACAUUCGCGAGUUUUUUCCAAAAGCCAAUAGACACUCCUUUGGCUAAAGGCUCAUUAGUCAAGGAAGUCCGAUUUGUUAAUGGUGUUCCCAUUUUGGAGUAUGAAGAAGAUGAAUACGAUAAAUUGGUAGCCCCACACCAAUUGAGCCUAAUAGGGAAGUUCUCAUAUGGUCGACCGAAAAUGGAAGAGGUCCACAAAGAAUUCAAGAAGCUAGGGUUCCAUGGAGGCUAUACUCUUGGCCUUAUGAAUCCAAGGCAUGUCCUCAUUCGAUUUGAAAGGGAAGAGGAUUAUCAAAGAUGCUGGAUUAAAAUGUUUUGGAACAUCGCCGGAUUCUCCAUGAGAAUUUUGAAAUGGAGGUCGGGUUUCAAAUUUGAGGAAGAUCCCCCCAUUGUCCCAAUCUGGGUCUCCCUCUUCGAUCUCCCAAUUGAAUUCCUCAACCCGGAGGUAAUUUUUUCAAUGGCAACCGCGAUUGGGAAGCCAUUGAAGGUGGAUGCGCCUACUCUCAACAUGACAAGGCCUUUGGUAGCGCGUUUUUGCGUUGAAGUUGACCUUACAAAAGAGUUCCCAAAAUCUGUGAAGGUGGGGAAGAAAGGCAAGAAGCAUGACCAGAUUUUCACCUAUGAACACAUUCCGCCUUAUUACACAAAGUGCAAUAAGAUCGGCCAUAAAAUGGAUGAUUCCUGGGCUGGACUCCAAAAGGCUGUUGACAAGAAGAAAAAAGUUCCGGUGAAGAUUGUUGAUAGCGCCAAAAAGAUGGAUCCUCCGCAGGAUAAUGAUUCAAACGCGCAGGCGGCUUCAAAACGUAGCGCGGAGACAGCCACGACUAACCCUAGCGCGCAGCCUAAUGCGCAAGGGGGCGUAACGUCGGCUUCAGUUGCAGCUACAGCCCGACCUUCUUCGUCAGAACUCUCUGCCAAGGAGAAGAAGACAAUUCCGGUUGAUGUGCAGGAAACAGCAGCAGAGGAUCCGCCCAAAGAGGCUUCAAGCUUACCGGUUUCUCCACCGCAAACCGUAGAACCAGGUUGCGCGCAAAACCCUAGCGUGCAGCCCGUUGCGGGGACGAAUAGAUUUUCGGUUUUAUCUUCGAUUCAGGAGAUAGAGGAUGAAAUUGGACCCGACGAGGACUUCAUCGAAUCAGUUUAUGUGGAAGACUCCCCAAAUAAGGAAGUAGGGGAAACAUGUCGGGUUGAUGAUCAUGUUGAAUCACGUGUUCUAGCAUUGAUGUCUUUGACGGAGAUUCCUCAUAUUUUUUCUGACGAUGCUGAAAUCGGGUUACACGGAGCUGGUUUGGAGAAUGAAAGGGGAAGCUGGUCUGAGGGUGAGAAGGAUGAGGUCCUGGUGCAAGGGGACGUCCAGGGAGACUUCACGGUUACAAAGAAACGUGGCCGCAAAUCCGAGGAACGCGCAAGAUCGCAGGAAGAUUCUGGUUAUUUGGAGCCUAUGCUUCAGGUUGAUCAGUUAGAUGAAAUAAAGCGAGAGCUUGCGUUUGAUACUGCUUUUUCUUCAAAUAAUAGCAAAAUAUGGUUUUUUUGCAAAUAUGAAAUUCAAGCUUCUUUGUUGCGCGAUGAUGAUCAAGUGCUGCACUUUGAUAUUAGUCAUCCUCUUAUGUCUUGGCCUUACAUAUUGUCGGCUGUGUAUGCUAAAUCGACAAGGGCUGGGAGACGUGAGCUAUGGCAAAGUUUGGAAGGCUCUAAAUGCAAUAAUAUGGGUGCUCCUUGGAUGGCUUGCAAUUUGCUAGAGAUUCCAUCUGUUGGUGAGGACUUUACUUGGGGUGGAACAAGGCAAACCGGUUGGGACCGACAAGGAAUCAUGCUAACUGAUUUGAAUGCCAUUGAGCAUGAAGCUACUGGUUUCUUUGAGGAUCUUUUAAGUGAGGAUGCAGCCUAUGGAUCCUCGCAUGAGGCUGCGCAUGAGGGGACUCAAAGAUCUCUACGAAGGCUAAACACUUUCUUUGAGCAAUAUGAAAAAGUUACAGGUCAAAAAAUCAGUAGGGGUAAAAGCUCUUUCGUGGCCUCGGAGAAGUGUAGUUCCAGAAGAAUAGACAUGAUCAAAGGUACAUUGGGAAUGCAACAUGGCGCGUUUCCCUUCACAUAUCUGGGUUGCCGGAUAUUUAAUGGGAGAAAAAAGGCGGCUAUAUUCCAAUUUCUCUUGGACGCUAUGGAUGCUAAGCUUCUGAAUUGGAAAAACAAGUUUCUAUCCCUGGGAGGCCGGCUCAUGUUGAUUCGGUAUGUUUUGAGUUCUAUGCCACUUCAUGUAUUCUCAGUAAUUCCACCACCGAAGUCAGUCAUUAGGGCUAUGGAAGCUCGCUGCCAAAAGUUUCUUUGGGAAGGAUCAAGUGAGGCUAAAAAGCGGCAUUGGCGCUCCUGGGAAAGAGUCACUUUUUUGGUACAUGAAAAUGGCCUUGGGUUGAGAAGUUUUCAGGAUGUUAUCUCUGCCCUCACUUCAAAAUUAUGGUGGAAAUUGAAGAACAACAAGGGCAUUUGGAGUGCCUUUCUACACUCCUUGUCUCAUUCACCUAAGGAGAAGACCUCUUGGGCUAGGGUAAUGAAAGUUGGUGAGUGA